AUGGCGGCGGAGGCGGCGGAGGCGGCGGGGCCGGGCGGGCGGCGGCGGCGGCGGUGCCGGCGGCUGGAGGGCGAGGCGGCCCGCGCCGUGCUGGGGGCGGCGGACACGCUGCUCUUCGACUGCGACGGCGUGCUGUGGCGCGGCGAGGCGGCGCUGGGCGGCGCGGCGGCGGCGCUGGGCCGGCUGGCGGCGGCGGGCAAGCGGCUGUGCUACGUGACCAACAACAGCAGCCGCACGCGGCAGGCCUACGGCGAGAAGCUGCGGCGCCUCGGCUUCCCCCCCGCCGCCCCCCGGCACGUCUUCGGCUCGGCCUACUGCGCCGCCCGCUUCCUCCGCCAGGCCCUGCCGCCCGGCGCCGCCGCCUACGUGCUGGGCGGCCCCGCGCUGGCGGCCGAGCUGCGGGAGGCCGGGGUGCCGCACCUCCAGCCCGGCCCCGCCGCCCUGCCCGGCCCCGCGCCCGCCGACUGGGCCCGGGCGCCGCUGGACCCCGCGGUGCGCGCCGUGCUGGUGGGCUUCGACGAGCACUUCAGCUACGCCAAGCUGUGCCAGGCGCUGCGCUACCUGCUGCGCGGCCCCGACUGCCUGCUCGUCGCCACCAACCGCGACCACCGCCUGCCGCUCGAGGGCGGCGCCGCCAUCCCCGGGACCGGCUGCCUGGUGAAGGCGGUGGAGACGGCGGCGGAGCGCGAGGCGUUCAUCGUGGGGAAGCCCAACCGCUACAUGUUCGACUGCGUGGCCAGCGAGUUCGACAUCGACCCCGCGCGCACCAUCAUGGUGGGAGACCGGCUGGACACGGACAUCCUGAUGGGCAACACCUGCGGCCUCACCACCCUGCUCACCCUCACCGGGGUCACCACGCUGGAGGAGGUGAAAGGCCACGAGGAGAGCGACUGCCCCGCCAGGCAGAGCCUGGUCCCCGAUUACUAUGUCGAUAGCAUAGCUGACCUUCUCCCUGCUCUGGAGGAUUAAUAUAGCAGAACGCCGCUGUGGAAGCGGCUCCCGAGGGGGGCCCCAGUUAGUCACCUUGUGGCAGUAAUGUACUCACUAUGAUACCACCUGAAGCUAGCGAUCCUUAGCCUUUUAACCUUUCUGUCCUCUCGAUAUGAUUUUGUUUACAUCUCAGUCUUUUAAAAUGCACUUUGAAACUAAGAGGGCAUUACGGCGUCACACGAGUCUUGCGGGUUUGGGGCUUUGUUAAUGAUAAGUAACGCGUAUAUCCAGACGUUUGUGAUGCUCCGAGUCGUGUUGUCCUCUAGGCUGAGUUGAGAAAAGUAGAGCCAACUGACGUGAGGAAGAGAACCCGGCAAUCUGCAGCGUGUCCUCUCCUGGACAGACUGCGGCUCAGUCUGGUUUAUUCAGGGAAAUGACUUUUGGAGCGUGUAGUAACUUAGCAGCUGUGUUUGGAAACGAUUGCAGGGGCUGACGGAAUUAGUAUUUGGCCUUCGAUUGACUUUUUCGGAUGGGGUCAUGUUCGGCAGCACAGCCCACUGUAAGCGUGACUUCAGGUCGGAGGAGCUGUAACCAGUCUCCUUCGUGUGACCGUUACAAAUUGCACUUGUGAUGCAGAUUGGGGUGAUUCCGCACGCAAAAUACAAACGGUGUCUUCUGUAUACUGUAUUUGUCCCGGUGUUGGGUGUGUGUGUAAGGUACGUGUAUGUACAAGAGCUACCCCGAUCCUAACUAUAUAUCAGAAUAUAUUUAAAGUAUAAAUUUAAGUAUAGUAUAUGAUAAUAUAUCUUCUUUCCCAGAAGGGGAAGAUAAGAGGAAUGUACUUCACCGAUCACAGUAGUUUGAAUUCUCGUAAGCUUUUGCGUUUGGUGAUGCAGAAAGUUUGUAGCCACAUAGGACUGUCCCUCACUACUGCUGCUCCCCAGAAGUAACCGGAUGGGUUAGACACCACGUUGGUUCCUGUACUUCCCUGCUGCCUCAGCAUCGAAAUAGCGCCUGCCUUGGCUUUAGCUGUAGGGUGUGAGUUCAGACUCAGUCUGUAGAGGAUGGAUGUAGUACCCGCGUUACAACUCUCUACCAAAAUAAACCUGAAAGAGUACUGGCUAUGUACGACAAUAGCAGGUGCUUCCUUUAAACAUCUGAUCUUGAGAUCUUCCUUGUGUGUCUGGCCUGGCACCAGUUGCUUGUCUGAAGAAGAGUGCUUGCUUGCUCAGGUGAUGAUUUUAGUUAGAUCUCUAGGUACGUUUUAGGUGAUGCGCAGCUCAGGCUACGGGAUAGAUUUUUAUGCGGGCUGAAUCAAAGGCCACAGUUCAAAGCUUUUGUAUUACAGAAUUAAGAAAAAUAUAUAUGCAAAUAACAUUUUUUUUCCUAUAGAUUCAACUAUUGGUAGUUACAUUUAAAUGCUGCCCUUCCUUCAUCUGCCAUUGUUCAGUUGAGUAGCUCUAGCUCUAGCGAUACCAUUUCCUUCCCCUCGGACACUAGAGAUGCGUGGACUUACCGCCGCGUUUGUACAGCGAUAACCGUGGUUCGUUGUCUCUGUGUUACCACAGUAUUAGCUGGAUCUUGUAAAAGAAUUCUUUCGUAACUCGGGGUUGUGUAAGGAAGCAAGAAUAAUCUCUUCCCUGUUCUCGUCUCCAGCUAGAAGGCUUAUGAAAGUCACAAAAGACCUCUCACUUUAGCUGGGUAACAUGGAAAUGAACUUUAUGGGUUUACUGCAGGUAGGGUCUGACUCAACGGUGUGUUCUUUAAUCCACUUCCUGCCUCUGGUGCUUUUAAUUUCGGAAUUUGUCAGGUACACUAGUCCAUGCCAGGUGGGGCGUUCAGCCUCCUACCGCAGCACGCUGUCCCCGUUGAGGACUGUUUGCUGUACAAGGCAACCGUUACCUCGAUUCACGUGUGCUGAAAUGUAUUGGUGAAAGUGUCAAUCGUGCUGCACAACUGUGUCAACUUCCCAACGGUUUUGAACCCACUACUUGAAUUCACAUUAAACUUGCAAACCUG